CAGGGUCGCUGCCAACACGGCCAACAGGAAGGGGCGCUUCGGAUCGGAGCGCGCAGGAAAUAGCACUUCGGGCCUGGCAGAGAUCUCUGUCGAUCCAGGCAUAGCACUCCCGUCAGAGCCCGGAUGAGCUAACCCUCGGCAGAUGCGCUUGUUGGAGUUGCGGCAUGCUUGGGAGCAGGCACGUCGGCGCACAUUGCCAUUUUGCAAGUCAACUACGAGUGCGAGCUCUUGGGGUUGCGGGAAGCAAGCGCUGAUGAGAUCAGCAUUACCUGCCAGCACACUCUCUAAUGCUGUGCGCCUGCCUGAUCUGCAUUAUCAAUCGACCUUACGGCAGUCUGUUGGUGCCCCCUCAAUAGCCUCCACAUUUCUGAGCCAGCAUUCGACACCGAAGAUUCUCCACUUAAGAAGGCCCUUGAACCAAUCCGGCUGUGAUUCACAAAGGUCUCUUCACAGUCUAUCAACCCACCCAGAGGCACCGAUCAAUCAGAACGUCAAUCUACCAGCAAACAAGCUGCGCAUUGGUCAUUCCAGAUUGACCUCCACUCUUCUGUCAAGAAUCUCAAUGGCACCCACUCUUGACCCUGCACUUUCGACCCAUAACCCCAACUCUGGAAGUGCGUUCCAGAACCGUAAGCCUCGGGUGGUGUCGCUUCUCCCGUCUGCCUGCGAACUGCUGUGUUUCAUACCGGGGGGUGAGGAGCUGCUGGUCGGAAGAGGGCAUGAGGACGAUUACCCGCCAUCGAUCCUGGACCGUCCAGUCCUGACUGCGUCCAAAGUCAACUGGACCACGUCCGCAGAGUGCGACGUGCUUGUGGAGAACUUGGUGAAGGAAGGCUCCGCUCUCUACGCCAUCAAGGAGGCGACGCUCCAGGAGCUGCGACCUGACGUCAUCCUGACGCAAGCGCUGUGCACCGUGUGUGCGGUGGACACCGGGCUCGUUUACAAGUAUGCCAGAAAAAUGGACCCGUCCCCCGCUGUCAUCGACCUGAGCUCCUUCGACCUGGAUGGCAUCAUCGCCGACGUCAUCAAGGUCGGCACCGCCGUCGGCCUUGGUCCCGAAGCUGAGCGCGCCGCGGCCCCUCUCCGCGCUCGCAUUGCCGCUGCCAAAGAACGGGUUAAGGACCGGGUUAACAAACCCAAGGUCCUGUUCAUGGAGUGGACGGAUCCCAUCUACUGCGGGGGACACUGGACCCCCCAGCUGAUAGAGUUAGCGGGCGGAUUACACCCGCUUAACCCGCCAGCCAAAGACCCGAAAACGGGGGCUCUCGGGCCGGCGCACCCGUCUGGAAAGGUGCCCGUUGCUGACGUAAUCGCGCUCGAUCCUGAUUGGAUCAUCUGCUGCCCCUGCGGGCUGGAACUAGACGAGGCGAGGAAGGAGCUCGCCGAGAUCGCGGGGGGCGAUUGGUGGACGGGUUUGCGGGCGGUUAGGGAGGGGCGCGUGGCACUGGUCGACGGGAACGCGAUGUUCAAUCGGCCUGGGCCCAGGAUCGUUGACGCGUUUGAGUGGUUAGUGGCGCUUCUGAACGAGGGGUUCGAGGGCGCAGAGGAAUCGGCGGCAGGGUUUCCUUGGGAACGCUGGGUGCAACCGAAGGGUUCAAAAGGGGUACCGAAACUGGAUGAGUCAGAAGGGGAGGGUGCCAAGGCAACCAGGCUAAUGCACGAUGAAGACGAGGGGGGCGCACACCCCAACGGGAGCGGAAAACCGCCGGCAAUGAAUGGGGAAACCGGGGGAGAUGGCAGCGCUUCCAGCAAUAUUCCAGCGACAGAAAAUGGGGACGACUUAAGCGAUCUGAGUCGCCCAUCGGCUCUAGAAGCUGAGCCCUUGAGCUCAAAAACGAACGGCGUUCCGGCCCCAGGUUCCGCUCCAGCCAACGGAAUCGCUCCCCCGGGCGGAACCGACUCUAAACCAUCCCCCUGGCGCGCCCCGGUCCUGACCCCCGAAAUCGAGGAAGCCCACCGAGCGGCGUGUGCCAAAGGCUCGCAGAUCUACCGGGACCCAGAGACCGGGUACGUCGUCUUCACUGAGGAAUCGCACUUCAAAAGGGGGUCUUGCUGCGGGAACCGGUGCCGGCACUGUCCCUACGGACAGUAUAACGUAUUGCCAAGCAAGGGUCUGCCGAGGGAGGCUCCACUGCGGAAGGCAGCGUUUUUGGUUCCAAAGAGGGGUGCCAAGCAGGGGGAAAAGGCGGGGGGGGAGGCGAGCGAAUACGAGUUGGUGCUGGUUGGGGGGGAGGAUAUGGAGACGGUCGGACAGAAGGCUUCGAGGCAGUCUCGGGCAGCCCCGGUCGCCCUGCUGGCGUUCUUCGACCAGACGACGGGCUUUCUCACAGUGCCACGUGGCACGAAGCCGUCCCCCGGGCACGAGACGACUCUCUACCGGGUCAUGGACAUGUCACACGAAACCGGGCUGCCCCUUCUGGCGGUCCCUGCGACGGACAACUUUGAGGAAGCUUUGAAGAAAGCGAUUGCGGACUGUCAGGUUAUGGUCCGGAAUGCGGGACGCCUUACCAUCGGACAGGGCGUGAUUGGCUGAGCGUUUCUACUUCUCAAGAAGCGACUGACUUUUGCAAAAGCAUAACAAGUGUUCUGCUCACUGAAAGAGGAUCGCCUGAUAUGAAUCUCUAUUGCGCAAGUCAUGAAAUAGCUCGACAUCUCAAUGUGAGAUACACAGAGGUUGUGCUUGAUUGCUAAGGUUUUUCAUUGUCGCAGAGAGUUUUACCCCAAUAGUGGAUGCUUGCAUAGAGAUUUUUGGCGUGCAGACAAAGUUCCAUACAUGAGCAUCACUCGAUCCUCAUGUCCAUAGACUUAGUACUGCUUUAGCCCCUCUCUAGGCCUUUAGUAGCCAGGUAUCAUGUGCUUCAAGGAAUACUGCAUGAGACUCAGUAUUCGGUGAAUAAAAGUUGC